AUGACAGGACAUCGCGCUGCCUCUUUCCAGCCUUUAUUGCUACGUAUCGUCAACUUGACGAUAUUCGCGGCACUUGUUUUCUUAGGAAGCUCUGCGAGCGAUAGCGAAUUCCUGCGAGAGAAGCGUUCUGCGCUAACUAUUGCCCAACCUGCUCCAUCCGAGAAAGACUGUUACAAUGGAGAUGUUCUGAACGGAACCUGUUCGUGCCGUGCGGGAUGGCGCGGAGAUUCGUGCGGGUCGUGCCACGGAAGAACAAGAUUGACUGCAGAUUCUGGCGUCAUCACGCACGGUUUCGGAAAUUACACUUUCAAUCAAAGAUGCUCGUGGUUGAUUGAUGGUGGUGGCCCUGGAAACGUGAUACUUCUGCGAUUUCAGCACUUCGAAACUGAGUGUUGUUGGGAUCACGUGUACGUUUUUGAUGGGGACGGCGUGAACUCGGAGCUUGUAGGAGUUUUCAGUGGAUUGCUGGUGAAUCAAGAUGAAUCCGACGAUCCUAGAAAGAUGCCGGAGUUUGUUACCAAGUCGGGGUUUGCUUUUGUCCAUUUUUAUUCGGAUGUUGCGUACAAUCUCACUGGAUUCAACAUUUCGUACAGCCUAAAUGCAUGUCCAAGAGGCAUUUCGAACAAAAACUGCUCUGGACGAGGAGCUUGCGUGAAGGGAACUUGUACUUGUGAUGCUGGGUACAAAGGCGCUGCCUGCGAUUACCAAAUCUGCCCGAAUAGUUGUUCUCAACAUGGGACUUGUGAUGAGGAGCGUCAAAUCUGUAUUUGUGAUCAAGGCUACAAGGGACAUGAUUGCUCCCAGCAUGAAGAUGACGGCGUGUGGGAAUGGGAAGGUACUGGUUCUUUCCUUCCGUCCGGAAGAGCGUCGCAUUCGGCGGUAGUUUAUGGUGACUCGCUGUACAUCAUCGGUGGAGAAGAUUUCAAAGAUGACAACGUGGACGUCAAUCCACAGUUCAUCGUUAGGUUUGAUUUAACAGGGAAGGUGUGGGAAACCGUUCACUCAGUCAAAGAAAGACCCACUUGGAGAUAUGGCCAUACUGCAGUUAUGCACGGGGACAAAAUCUACGUGUAUGGUGGUAUGUUGGAAGAUGGCAGCGUUGUAGAUGCAUUGUGGACGUUUGAUUCGACUUCUCGAGACUGGGAACGAGUGCAGGUUUUGAUCGGCGAAUGUUCCGGACUGUGUGGCCCUCUUCCGGUUGUCGGUCACACUGCAGUAACGAUCCCCGAUUUUGAAGUCAUGCUAGUUUUCUUCGGUCAUAGUCCUGUGUUCGGAUAUUUGAACAACGUCCAGGUGUAUCAUUUUGGAUCUGCGAGAUGGAGCUUGGUAGAAACACGUGGUGCGCUUGUAUCUGGAGGUUAUGGCGCAACUAGCGUUUAUGAUUCUGAGAAUGGCUUGGUGUAUGUUCACGGGGGACACAUCACGUCUUCGGGAGGUGCUUACGGAAGUUCAGCGUCGAUUGGAUCUGUUUCUGACGCCUUGCUUCAAUAUAACCACGCUUUGAAGGAAUGGACAAUCAAAAAACCAAGCGGGUAUCCUCGUUAUCUUCAUUCCGCUGUCCUUUUGAAUGGCGCCAUGCUUGUGGUCGGAGGAAAUGUUCAUAACGACACUGACACCAGCCAUGGUGCCAAAUGUUACUCUGGCCAUGCGCUCGUUUACGAUCCGAAAUGCGAUCGCUGGACUACAUUGGAUACUCGAGCAGCUUACAAGCAUCCUGGUGGAGCCCUUGCAAGAUUUGGCCAUUCUGCGAGCGUAUUCAACGGGUCCAUGUACUUAUUCGGAGGCUUCAGUGGCAACAUGCACAACGACGUAAUCAAGUUCACUCCGGGUCGUUGCGAAGCCGUGGUGACACGCGAGGACUGUUAUUCCGGGCGCAUUGGGCGGAGUUGUUCUUGGCAGUCGAACCGUGUCGGUUGCGUGUCCACAGACGGCGGCGGUGGUGGUGGCGGCGGAGGUGGCAGUGGGUCAGGCGUGACGGCGUCGCGUGUCCGUCGCCAUCGCCACGACCGGUCCAAUGGUUCGCCGAGCUACGACAACCUCUGCGCCAAAAUAGAAGACUCGAGUCCAGCAUGGAUCAAUAUGACGCGAGUGUGUUCCGCGCUCAAGAACUGCGAAUCUUGUAUGCAUACUUCACUGGGAUGUGUACAUUGCGCUCAAAGUGCUGGGGCAGAUGCCAACCCUGCGAGUGAACUUGACAUCGAGGACUUCGAGGUGAGGCCAAGUCGGGGUUUCUGUUCAUACCAAGCGUGUCCAUCGCGUGCAACGGAAACGAACGAGUUGGAAUCGCAUGGACAGGAGCGCUGCCAAAAUCCGGAUGCGGAGUCUGCGGCGUUAGCUUGCACUUCUCGAACAAGCUGCCACGCUUGUAUCACCAAGUCCCCGUCCUGUUUAUGGCAGAUCACCAAGGAAAAAGGCGGCGUCUGCCGAGCCAGGAAAAAUCCUCCUGAAGUUCCCCGCGGGUCCGUCGUUACGAUUCCCCCGGGACUUGCCUUAAAUGACAUGUGCGGGAUGCCCUGUCACGAGUGGACUAACUGUGGUAAUUGUACCAAGUCGAGGUGCAUGUGGUGCGCAAGUUUGGGUCGUUGCUUGGACAGUAAUGCUUAUAUCGCUGCAUUCCCUUAUGGCCAAUGCAUGAAUUGGACCAUGCACCAUUUUGAGUGCCCCGACGUACGCUACGCCUCACGUUGGAUCGGUCAAGAUAUUCCGGACACAAACAAUGCCGUGAAAGUUCCUGAGAAUAAGGACGUGUGUCGUUACCUGUCGACUUGCGAAGAGUGUCAAGAAUGGCCCGAGUGUGGAUGGUGUGAUAAUGGAACAGGGACGGGGCUCGGCCAAUGCAUGCGGGGUGGCAACUCUGCCCCUUAUUCGAAAAUUUGCCCGCGGGGUUUGUGGUUCUUCACUGAAUGUCCAACUUGUCAAUGCAAUGGACAUAGUACAUGUGUCAACAACACCGACGUGUGUCAAUUGCCUUGCCAGGAUCAGACAACCGGUGAUCAUUGUGAACGGUGUAUUGAGGGCUAUUUCGGAAAUCCUGUCAACGGUGGCAAUUGCUCGAGAUGCGAAUGCAAUGGACACGGAACAUGGUGUGACAGAAUGACCGGAAAAUGCGUGUGUACGACCAAAGGAAUCGUAGGGGAUAAGUGUGACCGAUGUGAUUAUCAGAACAAAUACUUCGGCAAUCCGCUGAACGGUGGAACGUGUUUCUAUAAAUUAACGAUCGACUAUCAGUUCACCUUCAACAUGUCCAAGCCGGACGAUCGGAAUCUCACUCAGAUCAACUUCAUGAACACUCCGCCGCAGAUCGACGUGGACACGGAGUUCCUCAUCUCGUGUUCAGAAAAUGCCACUAUCAGCAUUUCUUUUCUUCGCAAGUCAGGCGACGACGGAACAGGCGGAGAAACGGAGGCAAUGAUCCACCAAGGCAUCACUUGCCCUAACGCAGGCGAAAAGUUCGAAGCAUACUUCGCUGCAGAUAAAUACAUCUUUGGCAACCCCGCGCUCAACACUACUUUCCGAGUGUACGUCUACGAUUUUCGGCCACCCAUCAUGAUCCGCGUCGCCUUCUCGCAGCAUCACCGUAUGAACUUGCCGUACUUCUUCGUCACAUUCUCGUUGUGUUUCCUCGCGUUGCUCGCCACGGCGGCUGUGGCGUGGAAGAUUAAACAAAAGUUUGACAUGUACCGCCGGCGCCAGAGGUUGUAUGUUGAGAUGGAGGCGAUGGCGUCCAGGCCGUGCGCGCAAGUCGUGCUGGAGGUGGAGCGACGGGCGACGACUGUGUGCGGUUGUGGUGGCGGCGGCGGUGGUGGUGGGGAGAGUGACGGCGCCGCCGGGAUGACUGUUACUGUGGUGGCGAAUGGCGGUAAUAUGGCUGACCUGUGUGUUGCUGCCCCAUGUCACUGCACUAUAAAUGCCAAUCGACGGAACAAGGGUCAGCCGAGCCCGAUCGCUUUGGAGCCUUGUUUUGGUGGUAAGGCGGCGGUGCUUACUCUGAUGGUACAACUACCAACAGGCGGAAGUCAUGUUGCUCCUCCGAACGCAGAUGGUACGCUUUUUCUCUUGGAAAUAGCUUUCAACAGGUUCCGAAAUAAUGCAUUGAUAGCCUCCCUGACUCGAUUUUUUGCUGGUCUCUUGGAGUUUGACUUGAAGAGGUUCCACAGUGCAGGCAUUUGCGUCGGAUCAGCACUAGUGAGUCUCGGGAGCCCUCGGAAAGCGAGCGGAAGCGGCACCGGCGAUGCCCUCGGGGCCAGUUCAGCGUCCGGGGCCGCCGGGCUCGGAAAGCAUGGCGAGGUUGGCUUGCUAUUUAGAGCCACGCGGGGAUUCGUCCGCCCGAAACCACCGCCUCCGCCGCCGCCAUCAAAUGGUGGCGGCGGCGCAUCUGCGACGAUGACUAUUGCCGUGGACGCCUACGGUGCACGACCGGCGACCACAACGGCGCCGUCGCCGUCGAAUGACUCGUAUGUUUGAGACAGAUGUCGUUCCAUCGAUCUUUCGGAACGAAUUGUUUAACUUUUUUGAUUGAAUUUUUUUUUUUUUUUCGUUUGAAAGAAAAAUAUUGGAAAUAUGCGGGAGGGAGGAUUUGGGCGAAGGGGGAGGGCUGGCCGUCUCCGCUGCUUGGGAUCACAUUCCAUUUCUUUGACUUUGUUCUUCUUGCAGCUAAACCCAAGAUGAACACCACUUUUGUCUUGAGUGUCCGAGAACUAACUUGAAAUGAAGGGGAAUCCAAAUUCGGGAGUCGAAUUUCCAAAACCCGUGAGGGAUCUUUUACGAGAUUCAAUGAAAUCAUUCAUUUUCUGGAGAUUUUCUCCCGUAACAACUUUAACUUCUUGCUCAACAAUCGACACUUCGAGACAACCCUCACACUUGGUGCGACUAACGCGAAAAUUGCCGACAUCAUACGUUUUGUCAUGGGAACGUAAUUUUAUACUGUCACAGAAAUUAUUCAGUUUUUCUAAAAAUUCGGUAGCAUUUGAACGUGAAAAUUCAUGAAACGUACGUGUAGUACGUGAACUUCCCCUUAAAUCUUGAUGAUGAGGCUCUCAAGUCGAUUUUUCAUUGUCAACCCCCUUGGGCGAAAAUUGGAUAAAUCUCGAGGAAAUCAUGAAAAUCGUCAAGUCACUAAAAAUGUGCGUCCCUCGCCGUCCAUCCAAAGAGACUCCAGCGAGGGAAUUGUUGUGCUGACAAAAUUUCUGAGUUUUCUCUCGUACAAUCGUGUAUUUAAAAAAACAAUUUCCUCGACAUUUAUUCACAAACGUCGCAAUAAUUAAUGAAUCUGAGCGAGUAAUGUAUUUAAUAUGUCGGAGGGCAUUUACGAGUAAUCACUAAUUGAUGGACGCGAUUGGAUUGUGAAACUGAUGAGUUUGAGGCCUUUUAAAAUUAUUUUCGUGGAAAUAAGCGAAAUUAAUAAGAGUUGAUGUAUGGAGAAAUGGCGAUUUUCAAACCUCUUGACAGAAAUCAUUUUGGAGUGACUUUAAAUCUUCAAUUGACGAGUUAACGUGCGAAAAUUAAAAUCUUGGUCGCGCUGAUUGCUGGGUGAAUUAUAAUUUUGUAUAUCGAUUUCGUGACUUGAUUUGUAAGAAAAUUGAAUUUAGAGAAGUUGAAUUCGAAUUUUGAGACUGUUUUGAAUGUUGGUCCCGAGCAGCGCUGAGGAAAGCAUUAAUUGAAUACUCGCCAAUGGUUUUCCCGCGUUGUUAUGUAGGGGACCCUAAUUGAGCUAGUUCUUCCUAGUUUUGCUGCAAAAAAGAAAAAAAAAACUAAAUCCAUGUUGGGAGAUCAUCCGUUCUUCCGGAAAAUCCACAGGAAACUGCACUUCCUUUCCCGAGGUGUCAAAAAAAGAAGCUUGUGAGCGAGAAGUUGAAUUUCUCGCGUUGUCUUCGAGGGCUUGAGACUUUCGACCCAAGUGUACUCCUUUAGUUUAUCCAUUUGGACGGCUUUAUUUACGGAAUGUUUUAAUCCGUCGUCCCAGACGGGCUGAGUUUUCGUGAAGAACGCUUUCCAGCCUUGCCAGUGACAAUGUCUAGAUCAGUGUGAUUAGAAAAUUCAAUGUGAAUGUUUAGGAGAUGAGAUUCUGAAAAACUGGAACAGAAACUACCGUUAAUGUGAUACGCUCUCUGUUGUGAGAUUGACUCGCAUGAUUGUUUCCUUUGCUCUAGCUUAUCGUUGACUUACCAUGUGAAAACGGUCCAGGAAAACCUUUUGGCUUUGGAGUUCCCUUAGGCUAACCGCGUUUUUUUCUUUUCUCUGAAAAGCUGCUUGCAUGUAAUUGCACUUUUUUUCGAUCGAAGCCAUCUGUAUACGUCGUUGAUUUGGCGUAUUUACGCGAAUGUAAAAUCCACUUCGUUCCGUUUGUGCGUAAAAAAUGGACGCGACUAAUUUCGACGGAGUUUUUCCUAAAUUCAAAUUUAAAAUGUGUGAAAGAAUCCUGCAAGUUCUUUUUCUUCCAAGAGAUAUUUGAGCCAUUGUUCGGUUGGUUAAUUUAUUUGCAUGGAAGUAAGCUUUUAUUGUAUUUUAAAUUUGAAAUUGCGACAAAUUUCAUCUUGGGUUUAUUUUUGGGUCCACUCUGAAUGAGUUUCUUGUGUAUUCAAGAGCAAGUUACUGCGAGUCUUUGAUUUCCAUGCAAACUCUUCUUUUUUAUGAUACAUAGCCGAUAAACGAAGGAGCAUCUUGAAGUGGAAGAUGUUUUACAUUCGCGUUAAUAUUUCGUUUUCAAUUGAUUCCGCUCUUCAUCAACGGUUUUUCGCUUUAAUGUAAAGAAAAAAAAUCUCGUCCUUCAAGGCUUGAAGCAUUCUGUAAAAAUGUCGGGAUUGUUCGCGAAAGCUGCUUGACGCGUUUGCCAUUUCCGUUGAGUCGAUAUUCCGGAAGAAGGUUUCAUACGAAGAUUAACUCAGUUUUCAUAUUACUCGCGAUUUUGUGAUGUUACUUUUUUCUGAGGAAGGGACAAUUAUGUUGUGGACUCGGAAUCCGACACAUGUAUGCUAACUUUGUUUUUUCUUUCUGCUGGCAAAAUUGCCCAUGGACUGUGAUUUUUGUUCUGCCUGGUAAAAAGAAAAAUCAGUAACUCAACAAUUCCAGUCGCUUUAUUUGCCCAUUCAUGUGCGCCAGGGAGGACGGGAAAUGCUCAAUGACGUUCUGUCCUUCUUUUGUGGAAUGCUUCUGGAAAACAGAUUUUUGUUUUUGUGAAAAGCCAUUUAGUCAGGAAAUAACGGAAAUCUCCACCGAGGGUUCGAACCGAUGUACUAAAAAAAGUUACUGCUCAGAUGGAAGCAAGAGACGGAUAUUGAUUUUAUUGCUUGUCGAUGUUUGUUUUUUUUUGCGACGCGCGCCGAAUUUUUUUCUUCAGUCGGCUCAGUCCUCGCCGUCUAAUUUGAAAAUUUUUGUCGUGCGUUCAAUGUGAUUUUAUUCCCUGUUUGUUUGUAAGUUGGAUUUGGAAAUACGAACAGAAAUGCGAACAA